AUGGUCGGUAGCUUAUGGGACGCCACUUGGCUCUAUCCAUUCAAGGGCAUCGUCUACUUCCUCGGCCAUCCGUACUUCUACCCUCUUUUCAAAGCUCGGCUAGUCCCUAUCCUGUUCCUGGCCACCUUCAUCUACGCAAAUCUCUUCAUAUGGACAUUCCUUCCCCAAGUCGCCUUCCUUGCGAUCUUCCAGGGAGCAGGAGCUUGGCUGAACGCAACUUUUUUGGUGCUCGGAGAAGGCGCUGCAAUGGUUGCCUUGCUCUUCGAGGCUUUCUUCGUCGACGAGACACUGGUGGAUAUCUUUGACGCAGUCUUGAUCGAUCAAGGACUUGCCGACAUGGUCGGUGAAGCCCGUCUUCUUCAUCCGGGGGCGCCAAAUUCCGUACAAAUGCUUGGUAAACCGUCGGUAUCCUCGGUCUACAGUCCAUUCAGUUUCCGCCAGAUCAUCGAGUUUGUCAUUCUUCUGCCGGUCAACUUCAUUCCGUUCGUCGGUGUGCCCAUCUUUCUUCUCCUCACGGGAUAUAGAGCCGGUCCCUUCCACCAUUGGCGAUAUUUCAAGCUACGAGACUUCUCCAAGAAGGAAAGAAAGGACUAUGUCAGAGAGCGACAGCUGAAGUACACCUGGUUUGGAGUUGUAGCGUUGACACUCCAACUUGUACCAGUGCUUAGCAUGUUGUUCCUGCUGACGUCGGCGGCUGGUGGCGCCUUAUGGGCGGCAAAGAUGGAAAAGGCUCGACGAACUCGAGAAAAUGUUGCUGCUUCAGCUGUGGAGCGCUAUCAAGAUAACCCAGUCUAG